CAGUCGUUCGAGCAUAUCAGUAUUUUAAGUUUUAAAGAGACAACAUAUUACCAAUCAAAAAUGGCAUUCAAGCUCAUCGCCCUCUGCUCGCUGAUGGUCUGCGCCAACGCCGGCCUCAUAGCCGCCCCCGCCGGCUACGCGGCCGCCCCGGCCAUCGCCUACUCGUCGCCGGCGCUCACCUCCCAAUCGGCCAACAUCUACCGCAGCUACGGCAACUUGGGCCAGAUAUCCACCUACUCCAAGACCAUCGACACGCCGUUCUCGAGCGUCAGCAAGUCCGACGUGAGGGUGUCCAACCCGGGCAUCCAUCUGGCCCAGCCUGUAGAACAUCAUUCCCUCGUCGGAGUCGCCUAUUCCGCCGCUCCGGCAGUUUCCCAUAUCAGUUUCGACUCCGGCCUGGUGCACUACGCCUUCUGAGAUAACCAUUUUGUAAUAGGUUUUUUUUUGUUAAAAGAUUAUUCUAAGGAAAAAAGUUUUUGAUUCGGUUAUUAGUUUGUUGUAAAUAUCGCAUUGGAG